AAUAUGCAGUCCGAGUGUUAUCCUGUUGACCAAAAACUCGAGUCCGUCGGAUGCCCCAACUCACUUCUGUUUAGCCAGUUCAGUCCCCAUAAUUAUCUUCUCGUUUUCUUCAAAUUCAAACCAAUUUCUUCUUCUUAAUGUUUUCAAAAUUCGUCUCCAAACUUGAGAUUUUGGGAUUGCCCAGAAUCUCUAUUGAGAGAAUAAUUGUGAGUUAAAAUCCCACCCAGUUGCUGACAAUUCAGAAAUUUCAUCUCUUGUCUCAAUAAUGGCAGCGCCAGUGGUCGAGGUUGGAAAUGGGUCCGGCAACGGGUCGCCGGGAUUAUUGCCAGAGGACGCACUCUUCGACAAGUACGAGAUCGGGAAGUUGCUCGGCUGCGGCGCGUUCGCCAAGGUGUAUCACGGGAGGAACGUGAGCACCGGGCAGAGCGUGGCUAUCAAGGUCGUGAGCAAGCAAAAAAUCGUGAAGGGAGGGCUCAUGGGGCACGUGAAGAGGGAAAUUGCUAUCAUGCGCCGCCUGCAUCAUCCACAUGUCCUCAAUCUCUUCGAGGUGCUCGCCACCAAGACGAAGAUUUUUUUCGUGAUGGAAUUCGCCAAAGGCGGGGAGUUGUUCACCAGGAUCGCCAAGGGACGUUUCAGCGAAGACCUCAGCCGUCGGUAUUUCCAGCAGUUGAUUUCCGCCGUCGGAUAUUGUCACUCUCGAGGCGUGUUUCAUCGUGAUUUGAAGCCGGAGAAUCUACUCCUCGACGAGAAUUGGGAUUUGAAAGUCUCGGAUUUUGGACUCAGCGCCGUAAAGGACCAGAUCCGACCCGACGGACUGCUCCAUACUCUCUGCGGGACUCCGGCUUACGUGGCCCCGGAGAUUCUCGCGAAGAAAGGCUACGACGGGGCGAAGGUUGAUGUCUGGUCCUGCGGCGUCGUCCUCUAUGUCCUCCAAGCCGGUUACCUGCCGUUCAACGAUCCGAACCUGAUGGUGAUGUAUCGGAAGAUUUACAAAGGCGAAUUUCGGUUCCCGAAAUGGACAUCUCCCGAUCUCCGGCGAUUCUUGUCUCGCCUUCUCGAGCCGAAUCCCGACUCGAGGAUCACCGUCGACGAGAUCCUCCAUGAUCCCUGGUUCAGAAAAGGCUACAAAGAGAUAGAACUCCAUUGGGAAGAGUUUGACCCGAAACCCGAAUCCGACAAAGACAAAUGCUUAAACGCUUUCCACAUAAUCUCAUUCUCGACAGGUUUUGAUCUCUCCCGUUUAUUAAACGAUCCUGUUGAGCUGGUUCACCAGGAGCGAUUGGUGUCGGCCGAGGAACCGGAGAGGAUAAUCGAGAAAAUCGAGGAGGUUGCUCGGUCGGAAAACGUGACGGUGAGGAAGAGCGAAGAGUGGGGUGUAACGCUCGUGGGGCAGAACGGUAAUUUCGUUGUCGAUGUGGAGAUUAACCGGUUAACGGAGGAACUGGUGGUGGUUGAGAUUAAGAGACGGGAAAUGGACGCUGGGUCUAGUCAGCAAAUUUGGAAAGACAAGCUAAGGCCGAAGCUGAACGACCUGGUUUACAAACCAGACCUUCCCGACGGUGUCCAGUAACUGAAACUUGAAUUAGUUUCUGGAAAUUUAUGAUUUGGGAAAUGUAUGAAUAGCAAUUGAUUUGUCGUCCAUCACAAAAUCCCCGGAUUUCCUGUUUAUGGUUUCUGCCGGGGAUUUGAAUUGAAUGGUAAUUUUCAAUAUUUAACAUUCUUUUUAUCUGACUCCUGAAGUUCAUGUAUAAUAUUAUACUGUGUGAACAAAAAAAAAAUUUGUUU